UGCUGGAAACCAAGAAGACGUAGUCGUUUGUAGGUCUGUGUCGACACUACGAAAGGGUUACGUUUAUUAUAAAUCGUCAUUUCAAUGUAACGUUUCGGGUUAAUGAACCACAGACAACCAAAUGGACACCGAAAAUCGACUUAAAAGGAGAUUCAAUGAGGAGGAAGAAAAAGGUUCUGGAGGAUCAGAGGAUGAUGACUAUGUUCCAUAUGUUCCUGUCAAAAUCCGAAAACAGCAAAUGCUCCAGAAGAUGUUGCGUCUGCGAGGAAAAGCGGUAGAUGAGGAGCAUAAAGAUAGUGGGGAGGAGCAGCGGGAUGAGGAUGAAGGUCUUGGCCCAAGGUCAAACGUUAGUCUCCUUGAUCAGCAUCAGCAUCUUAAAGAAAAAGCAGAAGCGCGUAAGGAAUCAGCCAAGGAGAAACAGCUGAAAGAGGAAGAGAAGAUUCUUGAGAGCGUUGCAGAGGGCAGAGCUCUAAUGUCUGUGAAGGAAAUGGCCAAAGGUAUCAUUUAUGAUGAUCCAAUCAAAACGAGCUGGAAGGCUCCAUGUUAUAUCCUGAAUAUGCCUGAGGCCAGACAUGAACGUGUUAGGAAGAAAUUCCACAUCCUAGUUGAUGGAGAAGGCAUUCCUGUCCCAAUCAAAAGCUUCAGAGAGAUGAAGUUUCCACCAGCAAUCCUUAAAGGUUUGAAAAGGAAAGGCAUUGUGCAUCCUACACCAAUUCAAAUUCAAGGAAUCCCAACAGUUUUGUCAGGUCGGGAUAUGAUUGGCAUUGCAUUCACUGGCUCUGGAAAGACUUUGGUGUUCACUCUUCCCAUUAUCAUGUUUUCACUGGAGCAAGAGAAGAGGCUGCCUUUCUUGAAAAGAGAGGGACCAUAUGGGCUCAUCAUCUGUCCAUCACGUGAGUUGGCAAGGCAGACCCAUGGCAUCAUCGAGUAUUACUGCAAGCUGUUGGAGGAAGAAGGAGCUCCUCAGCUACGUACUGCCCUCUGCAUUGGAGGAAUGUCUGUUAAGGAGCAGAUGGAGGUCGUAAAACAUGGGGUCCACAUGAUGGUUGCCACACCUGGCAGAUUGAUGGACCUUUUACAGAAGAAGAUGGUGAGUCUGGAUAUCUGUCGGUAUUUGGCACUGGAUGAAGCUGAUAGGAUGAUUGACAUGGGAUUUGAGGAAGACAUCAGAACCAUCUUCUCCUAUUUCAAGGGACAGAGACAAACGCUGCUUUUCAGUGCCACCAUGCCCAAGAAAAUCCAGAACUUUGCUAAGAGCGCCCUGGUUAAACCCAUCACGAUAAACGUGGGCAGAGCAGGUGCUGCCAGCUUGGAUGUCAUCCAGGAAGUUGAAUAUGUCAAAGAGGAGGCAAAGAUGGUGUACCUGCUGGAGUGUCUUCAGAAAACCCCGCCUCCUGUGCUGCUGUUUGCUGAGAAGAAAGCAGAUGUUGAUGCCAUCCACGAGUAUCUGCUGUUAAAAGGAGUGGAGGCUGUGGCCAUCCAUGGAGGCAAAGAUCAAGAGGAAAGAACAAAAGCCAUAGAGGCAUUCAAAGAAGGAAAGAAAGAUGUCCUAGUUGCUACAGAUGUUGCCUCCAAGGGACUGGAUUUUCCGGCCAUACAGCAUGUUGUGAAUUAUGACAUGCCAGAAGAGAUAGAAAACUAUGUCCAUAGAAUUGGAAGAACGGGCCGAUCAGGCAAGACUGGCAUCGCCACCACGUUCAUCAAUAAAGGCUGUGACGAGUCUGUACUGAUGGAUCUGAAAGCUCUGUUAAUUGAGGCCAAACAGAAGGUUCCUCCUGUCCUCCAGGUGCUGCAGAACGGUGAUGAGACCAUGUUGGACAUUGGAGGUGAGAGGGGCUGUACAUUUUGUGGUGGUCUGGGCCAUCGUAUUACAGACUGCCCAAAACUGGAGGCCAUGCAGACCAAGCAAGUGACCAACAUUGGGCGGAAGGACUACCUGGCACAUAGUUCCAUGGACUUCUAACACUUUAAAAAUGCAUUUUGUGUCUUUUUUAAUUGCAGAAAAUGGCAUCUGAUCUAAAAAAAAAAAAAAAAAAAAUUAGCAAUGACAAAAUUAUUUAUCUGUAUUUUCUUUUGUUCCUGUCUUCGGCCCCAUGUUCCUCUGACAGGAAAGUGUUGAGAUGAGGCGCUGAGCAGCACUUCAUCUCAGCACUUCAUCUCAGUGCUUUUGUUUUUAAGUAAAUCACAAACAGAAAAAAAGCACUCCACUUGGAAUUGGCUUCUAUGACAAUUAAAAGGUAACAACUAAUUUAUAAUCCCUAAGGUGGUAAAAGCACUCACCUUCAGCAGGAACACAGCAUCUUGCCAAUCCGAUAUCACAGUUGAGGUGAUAUGUCACUGGUAGAAAAAAUAUUUUGCAUCUUCUAAAAAAAUAAUUAUCCCCCCACCCAAUUCUGUGUGUAUGUAUGUAUGUAUACUCAUAUAUAUACACACAGCCUUUGUAAAAUGCUUUUCUUACUUUGUAAAUAAAAAACACUUUGACAUUGCUGCCAGUCUGAGAAUGAUUUUACAGUACUUUUAUGCAGGGAGGAAGUUGCUGAAGCAACUGUAACUAUAAAAGUUUGAAUCAUGGAAAAAGGUGAAAUUGUUCCAUUUUGCAAUAGUUCCUGUGAUACGAUAACUCUUGAGCAAAAUGCGGUCAC